AUUUAGAGCAGUGCUUCAAAUUGAGUAAAGAAUCAGUCCAUUUGUUGAAGGUAGUAAGAGGAAGGGCAGACAAAGAAGCAAAGUGCCUUGUCACCUAGUAAUUAAUUAAUUCAAAUUUAAAAUCCUUAAUCCAAAUUAAAGGGUAAGAAAUAAAAUUGAAAAAAUAAAUAAAUGGACUACGAAAUAUUUGGCUUUGUACUACUCUUUCUUGCAUGGGUUGCAUGGGCCAUAGUCAACGAGCGUAGCCACCGGCGGUUGGAAGAAGUGGGGCAGUUGCCGCCAGGGCCACGGCGGUGGCCGGUGGUGGGCAACAUUUUCCAGCUGGGUUGGACGCCGCACGUGUCGUUUACCGACUUGGCUUCCAAACACGGCCCUAUAAUGACACUGUGGUUAGGCUCAAUGAGCACGGUGGUGAUCUCCUCCGACGAAGCCACCCGGGAGAUGUUCAAGAACCACGACGUGGUUCUCGCCGGUCGGAAGAUUUACGAGGCGAUGAAGGGAGAUUUCGGGAACGAAGGGUCGCUCAUCACGGCGCAAUACGGCCCGCACUGGCGGAUGUUGCGGCGGUUGUGCACGACGGAGUUUUUCGUCACGAGCAGGCUCGACGCCCUCCGAGGGGUGCGGACAAAAUGCAUAGACCACAUGCUGAGGUACAUGGGAGAAGCCGGGAACUCCGGCACGGCGGCGAUCGACGUCGGGAGGUUCUUCUUCUUGAUGUCGUUUAACCUCAUCGGAAACCUCAUGUUCUCGAAGGACCUGCUGGAUCCGAGAUCGGAGAGGGGCGCCAAGUUCUUUUACCAUGCAGGGAAAGUGAUGGAGUUCGCGGGGAAGCCAAACGUCGCCGACUUUUUCCCGGUGUUGAGGUGGUUUGAUCCGCAAGGUAUACGGCGAAUGACGCAGUUUCAUGUGAACAAGGCCUUUGAUAUCGCCGGAGAUUACUUGAAAGAGAGGAUGGAAAGCAUGAACGCCGCCGGCGGCAAUGAUGAUGAGAAGAAAAAGGAUUACAUGGACGUGCUUCUUCAGUACCGUGGUGACCUUGUGGAGGGUCCUGCUAGGUUUUCUUCAAGAACCAUCAACGUUAUUCUCUUCGAAAUGUUCACGGCAGGAACGGAUACAACAACGAGCACACUAGAAUGGGCAAUGACCGAGCUUCUCCGGAACCCUACCUCACUUCAAAAAGCCCAGACGGAGCUGAGAAGCGUAGUGGGCGGGGCCGAAAAGAAGCUAGAAGAGUAUCACCUGGAAAAGCUUCCAUAUCUAAAAGCGGUGAUCAAGGAAACCCUAAGGCUCCAUCCACCACUGCCAUUCCUAGUCCCACACAUGGCCAUGGACUCAUGCAACAUGUUGGGCUAUUAUAUCCCUAAAGAAACCCAAAUUCUAGUCAAUGUUUGGGCCAUUGGGAGGGACCCUAAAACGUGGAAAGAUCCACUAAAGUUUAAGCCCGAGAGGUUCUUGAAACCUAACAUGGCUGACUUUAGAGGUCACCAUUUUGAGUUCAUCCCUUUCGGGUCGGGCCGCCGGAUGUGCCCGGCCCUCCCGCUUGCUUCCCGGUUGUUGCCGUUGGCAUUGGGGUCGGUUUUGCACUCAUUUGAUUGGGUUUUAGGUCAUGGUAUGGAGCCAUCACAGAUGGACAUGACAGAGAGAAUGGGGAUUACGUUGAGAAAGGCAACUCCAUUGAAGGCCAUACCAGUGCCCUACAAAGGGUAA